AUGAAUCGUCUAGUCCGGUCGAGCAGCAUCAGAAAGGAUGCCCACACGAAUCGCUCGCCCCCUCGAACGCCGCCUUCUCAAGCGUCCAACUACAAGCCGCCCAAGCGAGGGCUCCAUCCCCGUCCCUCGUUGCGCGAAACCUUCUUAGACGAUACGAAUCCAGCCGACAAUGCGAACAACAGCAGUAACGAUUCAAGUGAAGAGCGGGAUCCUCAUGAUCUCUCGCUGUCUCCAAAACAUGCCGCGCGCACGUCCAUUGUCGACAAUAUGUUGCUUUCUCUUGAUCAGUUCGCUUUGUCCACAGGCAAUUCGAUUCUCGACGACUACCGACUCUUCAACUCGGUCUUCGAGUCCGAAUUGUACGGUCGCAACUCACAGGAGUCUGUGGGACCGCAUCGGUACCGCGGCCAUACAUUCUCCUCUUCCCUUUCAUCAGAAGCGGACUUUGGCUACGACGACAGCUCAGCUCGCUAUGGAACCCAGCCCGCCAGAGGGCGCCGGAGCAACAGUAGCUCCCAGUAUCAUUCCAGCCUGAGACGAAUCGGGAGUACUCGCAGCCGAGAAGGGACCAAUUCACGAGGUCAACUCUAUGACUAUCGAACCGUCACAGGGGCCGAUCAAACGACUCGCGCUACGAGGAAAAGCAGCAAAGCAAGCGGAUCCUCCAACCUCGAUUUCGGCCCACCUCUCAUCAGAGGGAGAGCGGACUCGGCUGGUGAGCGACGGUCGGCAAGCUUCGAUUACGGUACCAGGCCGGCUUUCAAUGCCGCCGACUAUGACUCCACGUUCUACGACAGCACAGACGCCGCUCCAACACCCAGCGUGCCGGCUGGCCCCCGGAAGUUACAGUCCUCGUCUCAAAAUGAUUAUGCCGGUGCCUUGAACCCUCAGUCCUCGCGGACACCCGUCGCCUCCAGGCGGAACAGCAUCAAAUCGUCCCGAACCAACCAUGCCAGGAAAUCUCGGCCAGAGAACAUCGGUACCAGCUCCAUCAUGCGAGGCCCGGACAACGAGCUCGCCAGUCUGGCCGAUGACGGGCUGGAUCCGCCUCCAGCAAUAUCAGCGACACUCGACCCGCCCGCUCCAAGUCCGACCAUUUCGUUCAAUAAACCGGCCCUACUGCCCCCGCCGGAUCCCACACCUAUCAAGGAGCGCCAGGGAUUUUUCCGGCGCGUGUUCGGAUCAUCGAGAACCACUGCUCCAGGACCGUCAGAAAGUAUCCAAUCUGACAGCACACUGUCCCAAGCGAAUGACACCAAGGAGACAAACGCAGCCGGCGGAAGUCUCAGGGCCCGCAGACAACCGUUAAGAAACAAUGCGUCUGGUACAAAUGCACUCCGCGAAGGUCAACCACAUGUGGUGAACAAGAAGUCUUCUUUCUUCCGUCGGCGAAAGAAGUCGAUAUCGAUGACUGACAACGUACCGCCUCCCAUUAUUCUUCCUCAGGAACUAGGCCCCAAGGCUAUGGAGAUAUUGAAACCGGAGCCCAGUCCUGUUAGUAGUCUCAGAAAGGUGAUGAAUCCGUACCUUGCUGAUGGUAUUGGCCCCGCAUGUGAUAAGUCCAAUAAUGGCCCGAUUCGGGUCGCAGGUGCAGAUCAUGCAGAAAAUAUGAAUACGGGCCUUCCCUCAGCAGAGAACGAGAAAGAAAACGUUUCUACAGCUCCCGCCAAGGGCGGUCAGAAAUCAAAAUACAGCCUAUACCCGCCUCCAACCGCGGGCAGUGGCCACGAUACAUCAUUCCUGAUGAGCAGCAGCGGAGAUGAAGAGUCCACUGCCAGGACCGCUGAACUGGAUUCGACCUCCUCUAUUGACCGAAAGCAGGAGAGAAUGGCGGUCGAGGAUGGCGUCAAUCCUUCCGAAAGCGAGAAGGUUGGCCAGAUGGCUGAUGACACCUCCCAAAUCAUGACCGCACCGACGAUGAAAUCCGCCCCGGCUUUGUCUCCGGUAGUCGAGAGUAUUUCUCCGGCGAGUGUGUCACCUCUGGAAGAUUCGGAGAACUCAAUCACGGAAACCGCCACCGUAAACUCGGAUGAGAGAACUGUAGGACAUCCCCAAAGAUCCGACUCCUGCGGAGACCAUCAGACUGCGCCCAGCAAGCUGUCGAUCCCCGCUGUGAAGGCGGAUGCUUCGCCUCAAGUCUCGCCUGCAGAAUCGGAAGAAUACUUUACAGCCGCCAACACCCCCGCGGUGCCGUCGGAGGAUCCCAAGCCUCCACAGAUCAUCGAGGACACCGCUGAGUGCUCUGACAACGCCUUGUCAGACGGUCCCUCGAGCUCUGAUAGGGAUCAAGCAAAGCGACUGUUCGAUAGUCAAGACCAAGUGGUAGGCAAUGAGCCGGCUGCUGCCUGGCUUGGCGAUCCUGCUCGUGCUUCUAUCAGAGAGGCAUAUAUGGAGUUCUUCGACUGGUCCAACAUGAACAUUCUUGCAGCACUACGAAGCCUUUGUACUCGCUUAGUACUCAAGGGCGAGACGCAACAGGUAGAUCGAGUGCUGGAUGCUUUUUCGAUGAGGUGGUGCCAGUGUAACCCACGGCAUGGCUUCAAAGCUGCAGACGUUGUCCACACUAUCUGCUAUUCUUUACUACUUUUGAACACCGACCUUCACCUGGCGGAUAUUGAGCAGAAGAUGACGAAGAAUCAGUUCGUUCGGAACACAAUGCCGACAAUCCAUCGAGUCGCUGUUGAUGCAGCUCCGGACGGGUUCGAAACCAUUCGCCCUGCUAAUCGAUCGAGACUGUCGACGCAAGAAACGGGUUCGUUAGCCUCUCGGUCGCAGUCCAACCCAACCAACGAUUCCGAGGCAUCCAAUGCAGAGACAAACCGGCCGACUCACCCUCCCCACAAGCUAGUUAAUCGAUUGUCUCGAACCGAUCUCUCGAUUAAGUUGUCGGGUGAUCCUGAAAGCGACGUCGGUCCGUUGGUUAAUGCGCCAUUCAAUGGACCGAUGAGGCUAUGGGAGCAACAGGUGGAGACUGUGCUGAGAGACUUCUACUCGUCGAUUCAGAAGCAAAAGCUUCCGCUCCAUGGCGCUGCAACCGAUAAAGACGGUCCGCAACCCCAGUCAAACAAUCUACUCGGCCCUGGCACCACCCAUCAUGGCCUGCGGAGAAGUCCGAGCACAAUCAGCAAGAGCGGCUCUGACAUCUUCCCUCGCGGUCGCUCUGCUGAUUCUCGCUAUGGCACAGCGCGAUGGUCCUCCAAACCCCGCUCGCGGGCUAGAUUGUAUCCUCCAUCCACGAUGGGGUCCAGCCGAACCAGCUUGGAUGACCAGUCGUCUCUCUGGAGCCCGUCUGCCUCCAAUUAUCCGCGCGGGGAUUAUCAACAGUCGAUUGGUUUCGCAAACGCACUCAGCCAGGCGAUUAUCCGUGAGGAUUCUGCGCACUCCAUCACGAGUCUGGAAGAGGAAGGCGCAGCUCAGCUCCUGGAGGAUGAGACUCUACAACUGGCUGGGGCUCCGUGGGCCAAAGAAGGUAGCCUCAAACACAAGCAUCACUUGGAUUCGGUCGACAAGAGGGCCAAGGAUCGUAAUUGGAAUGAAUGCUUCGCUGUGAUUCAGCAAGGCUGGAUGCGUCUGUUCUCGUUCAGCAACACGGCGAAGGCGACGCGGCCGAAACCCAAACAGCGUCCCCACGGAGGGGUCGUGGUGGGAGGUGGAAACUGGACUGAAAAUGCCGAGGAAAUCUGGAAAUUUCUCCUGCGUCAAACCAUUGCCAGUGCGCUUCCGCCCCCAGGCUAUUCCAAGUCUCGUCCACACGUCUGGGCGUUGAGUUUGCCGACAGGCGCCGUUCACCUGUUUCAGGCGGGCACACCCGAGAUUGUCCGGGAAUUCGUCUCAUCCGCCAACUACUGGAGCGCGAGAUUGUCCAAAGAGCCUUUGACUGGAGGAAUCAGUAACAUUGAGUACGGAUGGAGCGAUGCCGUGAUUAACAGCGCUCUGGUGCACGCCGACAGCAACAGAACGCCACCUUCAUCCGGGCAUCGGCCUAGCAUUCAGAGCUCCAUCCGCAGCUCUAUUGACCAGCAGGGCAUACGGCCUAGGCUGCCGGCGGACCGGGUACACAUCAGUGAUUGGGCGCCGCCUCAGCAGAGUAUGGUGGCCUCAGCACUGCCCGAGGCCGACCAGCUGAAGGCUUUACAGACGUAUGUCAAGAACGUGGAGGAUGACCUGUCGCGUCACAACGAGCUUCGACCCGCCAUGAUUCUUGCGUUCUCACCUCGCCAUCCCAACGCAGCCAAGGCGAUGGCCAAUUGGGAACGCAAAUCCUCAUAUUUGCUACGGGAAAUUGUGAAGUUCCGGACGUAUAUUGAUUCACUGCAAGCGGCAAUACAUGCCAAAAACAAGAUCUAUGCAGCUCGCGAAGAAGAUGCCCCCUCUUGA